ACAUCCCUCCGCCCAUAGACAAUCAACAAACUGAAAUGAAAAUGUCCGUCGUAAAAGUUACGUUUUUAUUUUACUGUGUGACCGUGUAAAGUUGGUGGCCAGCGAUGUGAAGUUUUAUCAAUAUUAUCAUUAAAAAGAAGUGUACAUUAAUUAUUAAAAUGAUUGUCCAAGAUCCUAUUCAGGUAAUCGUUUGGGAUUGUCUCAACAAUUAUGAAUACGACAAUGCUAUAUUUUUGGCUGAGAGACUACAUUCUGAAGUUGCAUCAGAGGAAACAGCAUUUUUAUUGGGUACCUGUUACUACAGAGCUGGACGUGUAAAUGAGGCGCAUCAUUUAUUACAAAAUAUAUCACUGACAUUGCCACAAUCAAGAUUUCUUCUAGCUAAAUGCGCCAUAGAAUUAAAAUCGUACAAAGAUGCUGAAAUCAUAUUGGGCACAAAUAUGGAUCAUGUUGCUUCAGAGUUUGGUGAACAAGCCCCAUAUGCACUACAGCUCCUGGCCAAGAUUUAUAUCAUGACAGAGAGAAGAGGCAAAGCAGCAGAUGCACACCGCAAAGCACUAUCAUUAAAUCCAUUCAUGUGGAAAUCGUUUUCACAACUAUGUAACAUGGGCGAGAAAGUGGAGCCACACCUAGUGUUCCAUCAUAGUAACACCGAUUUUUCAUUCGGUGUAUCAACUUUAGUGAAUCUAGUCAGCAACUCAGAAAAUAUAUCCUUUGUUAAUACCAACAUUCCUAAUAAUACCAGCGUGAAUGCUAUUGUAACUCCAAAUAAUGUGUCUUCUAAAACACCUAUAACCAUGUCCACAACCAUCACUCCGGAACCCCAGGCUCCAGUUAAACGCAUGCACAGUGUGUUCAGCGGAAUGGCACCUAUACCAUUCUCACCAUCGUUUGGUAUGCUACCGAUGGAUGAAUCUCCCGUUCUAUAUACACCGACGUUAACAGACUCUAAUGAGCAAAAAGCUAUACCUAAGAUAGUUAAUUCACUGCGAGCUCAAAUGGGCCAGCUGAAAGACGCCGUGUUCAGUCCCGCGCCGCGCUGCACGCUCGGCCCCGCGCCGCGACGCUCCUCCAGACUGUUCAGCAAUAAUAAUAGUAGCUACUCCGUUAAGGAAAAUAAUAAGUCACCAAGUAGAAAAUUUGUAGCACCUAAAAGCCCUUCUAGAAAAAGCAAACAGAGAACAGCUAAAAAUAUUAAAGCGAAUCCAGUGGAAACCAUUGAAAGACCUAAAAGUAUAGAGACAGUAACACCAACUAUUACACCAAAGAACUCCAAUGCCGUAGCUUUGUUAAAUUUAUUAAAAGAUAUGGGUGAGGCUUACAAAUCUCUGUUGUUCUUAGAUUGUAAAUAUGCUAUAAAAUUAUUCCAAGAGUUACCGAGCAAACAGCUAGCGUCGCCCUGGGUGCAGACUAUGAUAGCUCGGGCUCACUACGAAUUAGCUCAAUAUGAAAUGGCCGCUAAGGUGUUCGCAGAGAUACGGAAACAGCAUCCGAACCGUACGGAGGGAAUGGACAUAUACAGCACCUGUUUAUGGCAUCUACAAAGAGAGGCUCAAUUAUCCGCUUUAGCACAAGAACUUGUAGAAUUAGACAGAAACGACUCCAUCGCCUGGCUGGCCGCCGGCAACUGCUUUUCUCUUCACAAGGAGCGCGAGACUCCGCUGUGUCGGUUCCAUCGGGCGUCCGUGCUGCUACGCGCGGGCAGGCCGGACGAUGCAAUAGAGGAUUUAUCUCAUCUGAAGAACAUUGCACCGAGAGAGUCGUUAGUUUAUUAUUUACUCGGCAAAGCUUACAGUAAAAUAGGGAACCCCCAUAUGGCUUUGAUGCACUUCAGCUGGGCGACAGAUUUGGACCCCAAAGGCACGGGCGGCCAUAUCAAAGAAGGCUUCGACCCGUCCAAACAGGAGGACACGCCGGAGAGAGCGAACUAAGUUGUAGACGAUCGCGGGUCUGGGUCAUUCAAAAUUCGCUUGCGGAAGGCGACGGAGUCAAAUUUGACUGAUGUAUAUAAUUUCUUUCACCUAUCGAAUUCUUGACUGACAGCAAACUCUUCCAAAUGUUACAUUAUAGAUUUUGAUAGGUGCAAACUGGCGUUGGGUCAGUGUAGUACUAAGGAUGUAUGUGGAUUUGUUUAUAUAGCGUAAGAUGUGGAUAUUCCUAUGUUGUUCUAGUAUAUAUCUUGUAUAGCUAACUAUUAAAAUGGGAAACGAUUGAAUGUGAAACUUAGAAGCCAUUGAUAUGCCCAAAAACGCGAGAACAAUCUCAAUGGGGAGUUUGAAUUUAAUAUGUAAAUGAUAUUUAUCCUAAUAUUAAAUCAUUGAUGUAAUAAUUUUUUAUGCCAUAAAAAAUUUAUAAUGCUAAAUAUUAUGUUCUUGGAUCGUUUUUAACAAUAUACAAAAUAUGUACAAUAAAUUAAGGAAGUGAAUUCCAUCGGUAGUUUAGCCGCUGGCGGUGUUAACUGGGGACUUUCAAUCAUGUAUCUAAUCGAUUUCUUAAAGUUAGCCAUUGAAGGAACUAAUAAUAGAAUUUUUGCAAUAUGGCGUAUAUUUUCCUCAAUAUAGUUAUUCAAUAAAUGUGUUAGAUAUAGAUAUGCAAAAUUACCAACGGCACUGAUUGUGUGCGAUAUGGCAUGAGGUAAGACUUAGUAUAUAAAUGUAAUUAUUUUCGUGUCGUUUUGAAUGUACAAACAAAUUAACUAAAGCACCACUCGUCUGUUUAAAUCACCAAUGAACUGCUAGCUCUGAGACAUGUUUAGACACAACUAUAUGUGAACUUAUAAAAAUCAUUCUACAUUGCAAA